AUGGCAGCUCUUCUAGACAGUGAUAGUAGUGAUGGAGAAGAUGAAGAUUUUGAAGGUUUUGUUGUCAGUCCUGAAGAAAAGGCAAGCUACAGAGUGUGGUCAAGGAGAAGAAGAACUUUAAAUGCAGUGGAUAGUGACUUUGAAAGUGAAGAUGAUGAUAAUGAGGAAGAUGACGAGGAGGAUGGAGACGGUGAAGAAGAGGAAGAAGAAUGUGAGGGUCUGUUUCAAUGUGAAACAGGGGUUGCUUACAUAGCUGCCAAAGUGUAUCCCUUCUUAUAUAAUAUGUGGAAUUUUUUUGAAAUUUUGACUGGUUCUUUCUUAUGAUCUAUUAGAUGAUUUCAACAACUUUCUUGCUUUUUUUAUUGUAUAAAGCAAAUACAUUCCAUGUUGCCAUGGGUCUACAACUCAGAAAUAGAUCAUGCAAGAAGUCAAAAUCUGGUAAGAACAUCAGUGACUCAGUUGGCUCGUCCUAGUCUGCCACUUUUUCAUUCUUGCCACUUUUUCAUUCUUACCACAUCAUUUUUGAUGUCUUUUGUGAUCUACCUGUAUUUCUGAACAGAUGCAUGGUGAUAUGGAAUUUAUUCAUUAAUUCCAUAACAUGAAGGAGCAGGGAGGAUUGAUCUAUGACACAACUGAUAGGAUGCUUAAAAUGGCAAGUUACUGCUCAGGAUUUUGUCAACUUUUCUCAGCAGCUUGCUGUUAUAUAUUCUGGUGAGAGGAGAGAGAGUGGCACUACUAGAAUUUAGCUUCAAAAAAAGUAAAGAAGAUCCUAAGAUUAAUUUUAAAUUGUAUUCUGUAGAUGAAGAAAAUGACAAACUUGAUGCUGUUCUUGACGAUGUGAACUUUGAUGAAUCUGGUGAAGAGACAUCCACAAGCAACACUGACCAGUGUCCAGUGUGUUUGAUGUCUUUUAAAGAGCAGCUACUGGGAACACCUAACAACUGUUCACAUGUGUUUUGUUUUGAAUGUAUACAGGAAUGGUCAAAGGUGAGAAGGACAUCCAGAACCUUACACGUUGAUAACUUUCAAACUUAAAGGAGCUUGGUGCAAACUGGAACUCGAUUUCACAAACUUCUCUCACCUCAAACUUAUAGACUAAUAAAGUGAUGAGGAAACUUGUUUUAUUAACAUUGCAUUCAAGAGACAUGAUUUUGCUGUAUUUUUGUUUCUUUGGAUAGAAUGCCAAUACUUGUCCAGUUGGACGGAAACCUUACACUGAAAUAUUAGUGCAUGCUUCAAGGAAAGGACCUGUGUUACAGAAAGUAAGACAGCUAUGUUGAAAAUCUAAGUUCACAUGAUUAAGACCCUAAACUUGCUCUAAGAUGAAGACAUUUGCUUAUGUCUGUAGUCUCUUUCAGUGUAGGCCCAGUGUGUUUGGUAAUCAGUGCACAGUGACAUUUUCCUCACUUGAAUGUCAUAUUUUGAUUUAGAUUCCAGUUGAAGAAAGACUCGAAGAAGAAGAUGACAUGGAGGAUGAUCCGACAUAUUGUGAGGUAUAGUUAUUCAUUCAGGGGUUUUAUCUCACUAUUUGUGAUUCUUGGCCCUUUUGUUUCACAAUGUGUGACAUGGUUCUUGAGUUUUUACACCUUGUUAAGAGCUGACAACAUGUGAAAUCAUGAUCUGAUCCCCAAAAAAUAAUACACAUGAAGUAACUGUUUUCCUUUUCUUAAGACAUAAGACUUUGGUAUCUAUCACUUUGAUGUCACUCAAAGUAUGAACCAUAAAAUUCAUGAUAAUAAUUAUACUAUUAAAAAUUCAAAGUUUUUGUUAAUCUUGGACUAGUUGCAUGGUACUUUGGACAAGAAUCCUACCUCAGUUUUGACUUUUCAUCUGUUUUAAGAUUUGUAGUCUUUAUGACAGAGAAGAACAAAUGUUGCUAUGUGAUGGAUGUGAUAAUGGGUGAGUCUUAACGCAAAGGCUUCUAAGAGUUGUGUAGAGUUACCAAGGUUAUACUCACUGUGAUCAUCACCUUCUAUAAUAAUCCAAAAUUUCCAAUAUGACAGCAAUAAAAUUGGAGGCUUAUUUCCCAACCAGUUCAGUCUUAUAAACCCCUUUGUUGUUGAUAACAGCUCCAGCUCUUUGAUAUCAUUUUAUUACCAUUUCAGUCUCUGCCGCUUUUAGUUUAGUCAAAUGAUUUGGUAAACAGAUAUUCUUUAGGUGCCAAUUUUGCAGCUCUAUAUAUGGGAGUAAUUUGGGGUUGAGUUUGGAAGGUAUAAAUCCCGGAUUUCUUUGGUUGUGUGUCCAAGAUCUACACAUGUGUGAAAGCUCUAGAAAACUCUUGCCCUCUUUUUAAAGAAUUCUGAUGCAAAAUUGAACCAAUCGAAACUUUGUGACUUGCAACUCCUUGUGCUUUAUGUGGUUUCCACCUCUACGUGUCUCAGGGUUCUCAUUUCAACAAUUGUUCUGGUUUGCAGCAGUUUUUUUUAUUUUUGGCUUUUUGUUUUAUCACUAUCACAUGAAAUGCCCUAAUUUUUUUAUUCACGUUGUUUCUAGUUAUCAUAUGGAAUGUUUAACGCCACCUUUAGAAUUUGUUCCAAUUGAGGAGUGGUACUGCCCGACGUGUUCUAAUCAACAAGAGGGUUAUGAAAACCCUGAGGACCUCCCUCAGGAGGGACACAGGGAAGGAGGUGUGAGAGAGGUGCCUCGUGGAAGGCCACGUGGGAGACUUCAAGGAAGUACUUCAAGGCGCGUUUCUGUUUCGGAACGAACAGGUUAGCUUUAAAAGGGUCAUUUUAUUAAAAAAAAAAAAAUAAUAGAGUUAUGGAAUUUGUGGAAAGUGAACCGGAGUGCACCGAUGUAAAGCAAAAGCCAUGAGAUGAGUGAAACAUACCGAAUUAGAUGGGGGGGGGGGGAAGAAGCGGGGAGGAGGGGUGAGAGGGAGAAGUGAAGGAGAGGGUGAACUUUGUGAAGGUAUCAGAGCCCCAAAGGGUGGUAUGUUAACAGUACUGUCGUUUUUAUUAAUCCAUUUUUUAAUAUAUUUCAAGGAUGUGCUGCCAUUUUUUCAAAAUCUUGUUUUUAAGACCAAUUGUCAUACUGGAUACGUUCUUCGAGUGAGACGUACUAAAACAUGGGGACAAACGGGGUAAUUGGCGUAAGAAAUCAUGAGCUUUCAUCGAGCCCAAUGUGCCAGUCGAACGUUAUUAAUAAAUGGUCUUCCAUCCUAAUAUUACAAAGUCUUUGUAUUGUAGCCCCAGCCCGAAGAGCUCGAACAGUCGCCUCGACACGAGGUCGAGGCGGAACCCGCACCGCCCGCAGACGAGGGCGAGCGAGGAGUAGCAGUCGGGGAUUGGAGCGAGGGAGCAGCACUAGAGUUCGAUCGAGUUCAACCACAACCGGAAGGAAAAGGAAGCGUAAAAAGAAGAGGAACAAGAGUAAAAAGAGGACGGGCACAUCGAGUACAAGAAAAGGAAAGAAAUCAUCCACAAAAACAACAUUGAAGGGAAGAAAGCGGCGUCGAGUAUGCGAGGAAGACGAAGUAUCGCCCUUUAUCUACGAACCUGUUAGGCGUGGAAGAACAGUUCAUGCCCGACUGUUGGAAAGUUUGAGUGCAGCGGGUCCUUCCGGCGGUGAGCCUGGCCGCUCAGCGUCUCUUGGAAGAGCACCUUUUCCUAACAGAGUCGAACCUAGUUCGAGUUUUUCGUUAUUUGGGAAUGCUUUUGCCCUGUAUGAUUUCGACGAUCAAGAUGAGGAAGUACCCGAGACAGUUCACACUGAGGGUCAGGGUAAAGUUUUGAGGUAAGGUACUAUGCAAGAAUUAAAACAGGUUUUAUCAAUUGUGUUUCCCUCAGCGAUCGCAUACUCGGCAAACUGAACCAAGGAGAAUCAGCGGCAAGCUAGACCUUACACUAGGGUCAUACACGCUGUAUAUGAUAUAAAGCGUCCUAAUUUAGUUUGUUUGGUUCAAAGCUCGGCGCCAACUAACCCAGAUGUCCUGGGAUCUAUAUUUCAAGACUUGGAUUCCUUGCACAGUCCCGGCGUGCAAGUCGCGCGUGACGGGAAAUUGGUGCAGUCCACUGACCAGUCUUCGACUAAGCAUGUCAAGAAUAGAGAUGCACAGUCAGUACGCAGCAUGGACGAAAUCAAAAAUGAAAGUAAUUGGGAGACCAGAUGUGGAGACCAGAGGUGGAAACCAGAAGUGGAAGAGAAAAAUUUAGAUGACGAGGACAAAAAGACAAAAACUACGGAUACUACCAAACAUUCAUCUGGCGACAAACAAGGAGAAAAGCAGGGCUCGAGGAUCGAGACCAUUUCUGUAAAACUUUCUUCUUCCAAGUCAUCAGAGGAAAAUUAUACUGGUGCAUGUAGGAAACUGUCAAAUGCAGGAGAAAUUCAAAAUAGCUCUCUUGCGUCGUCAACGUCUUUAAAAAUAGGUUCUCCCCCUCUAACUUCCCCCUCUUUAAAACUGACGCUCUCUGGUUUUAGAAUUCCAAAACGGAGCUCAAUUUCAGAAGAUAAACCGAAUCAAACGCCACCAAGUUUUCAUGGUAACUCGUCAAGGGUUGAUCAGGUACGAAGCCAAAAUUUUGCCGUCAUUUCCAACUUUAAAAUACCAAAAAGGAAAAACUUGUCUUUUGAUGGAACUCCAACAGGAACCUCUUUCAAUACUGUUAACAGUAAGCCUGUCAAAUCCGUGGGCCAGGUGGUAACGACGCGUUCUUCAAGUAUUGUAAAACCAAGAGAUACGUCAUUAUACGGCUUAUCUCUAGACAAACUUGUUUCUCAGUCAUGUCCAAAAUCUAAUGCUACAGAAAGUUCCCGCAUUCAGUUUAACAGCGUAAGGCCUCUCCUGCCAGAGCACAUAAUGAGGCAAGAUUCACGGAGUGAGUCAACAUCUGUACCAGGGGUGAAUAGCGUGACUGGUGUGACAAAAUAUCAUGCAAAUAAUGUCACUGGCGUUACUUAUAAACACAUGGCCAGCUCAAGAAUCACAGUACCUUGUGUAACGAGUUCAAGUAAUACCGCUGCAUGUAAGACAAAGUUUGCUGGCGCAGCUCACAGUCAUGAUAAAACCACGAACAUAUCGUUGCCUUUGAGCAACACAGUUCCUAUAAUCGACCAACCAGCAACAGAGAAAGAGCAGCGGCGUAGCAAUAUCGAAAUAAUAAGAAUGUUGAAUGAAAAGGCAAAGGAGCAUAAGGGAGCAGAUGUUUGGUGAUCGUAAAUGCACCUCCGUUUCUGGUGAGUUGGAAAAUGCGCAUGCGUUACGACAAAAGGGACUUCAUGUUUCUGAAAAGUCACCAAAACGCGGGAUUGUGUUACCGAUUGCUGUGGUCAAACCAUCUCCUCACGCCCCAAAUGUCCUAAGAAGCAGCUCAAGUUCCGUACGCUCUAACAAUUCAGAAAACUCACCAGUGAAAAGUAUUGCCAGUGGAAUUAUAGAUGCACACAGCGGUAAUACUGAGGAGUUAAAAAAAGUGUACUCAGAAUUUGAUUCACCCACCUCUCUUGGAUGUGAAAUUAGCGGCUCCAGUGUCGGACAUGAGGCGGGGGCCUUAAAACGCGACAGGGAGGCAGUGACAGGAGUUCAAAGUGACAGAGAGCAGCAAAGAAAACUGGUAAGGCUAAAUAACAAAUUAUGAUGUUAUGCAAAUUUGUCUGCUAUCUUGAAGAAUACUUGUGUGUUAAGGGCAGUUUUUGCGAGAGCAUAAACACUUCUCUAGCGCCACUGUCAAUCAUUCAGUCUUUGGAAAUAUUAUUGAAAGGUGUUUUGCACCCACGGGAGGAAAACUACCCACAAUACCUUGCUUCAGCCGAACGUGCCUGUAAGUAGGACCUGAUCAAUGUCUGGGCAACCUAUGGUUUGCACGCACACACUUUAGGUACUUAGUAUCCUUCCUAGAGAAGAAGCAAUUCUUCCCAUCACUCCUUGAAGCAAUUUUCAUUUCAGUGUCUAAAGUAUUCCGGGUUGCAUUGGUUUUGUUUUACAGCGAUCUGCGAUUGAUCUAGAAAACUCGCGCAACUCAGUAAACUAAUAACAUUUAAAGCUAAAGCCAAUCCUGAUCUGGUUACUUUCGUUUUCCCGCGCUUGAGGUAGUAAACGUGUCAUUACUCCAGACAUCUUAUUGGCUCCUUGUGUAAAUUUUCCACUUUUCUUACUGGCUGUUGCUAAGGACAGUUCAUCGAUGUGCGAUUUCGCGAUAUGAAAAUCAGUUGGUACGUGCACUGCAACGCUUAAGAAGUUAAUUGCUUUCCGCUUGUUUUGUGAGAUUUUCCUUACCUCUUUUAUUUUCCAGGGAAUAGCACGACUCCAACGGCAUGAGCAAAUAGUCGAUGAAGUUAAACUGGCACUGAAGCCAUUCUUUAGACAUGGAGAGAUCACAAAAGAUGACUACAAAGUUAUCAUGAGAAAGAGUGUGGAAAAGGUUUGUUUGAGAGAAUUCUUUCAAAGAAGAACAUGUUACUAUCCUGAGAAGCAGUCACUAAACAGAGGUGAAACUACGACACACUACGACAGUCGGGGUCAAGAAAACUUGAAAAAUUUUGGGCGGCUACAUCUUCCUUCAUUUUUUGGCCUUUUUUUAAUUCUUCUUUUUGGCGUACCUCGAAGUAUCCUUUGCUUUUCACCUCCGAACAACUCGCGCGGCAUUUGUACUCGAAAUGUUUGUAGUCGUUGCAGGAAUAAAUUAGUUAAAAUCAUUUUUCGUGAUACUCGAGGCUCGGUAAUAUUCACCUCUAGCCACCUCCACUUAGUUUAAUAGUUGUUACUGAUCGUAAGGGCUUUUUAAGGGCUAAAACUUUUGUUUGCUUAAACACGGUUUUUUUUUUCUUCUUCAGAUUAAAGAAUCAAGUAGCAGUGUGGACAGGGAAAGAGUUUGCAGACUUGUAAAGAAAUACAUCAAAAAAGUCAAGGGAGAUAAACUUGCACCGUAAAUUUAAGGAAAACAAUGGAACUAAUAAUGUGAUUGUUAUCAAAAGUGGUAGAAAAGGUUAAUUUGUUCGGUUGACUGUUGCGAGAAUAUUUCAAAAUAUCCUCUAAGUUUUGUACAGAUUUAUGCAAUUGAUGUAUUU